AUGGGGAUGAGCGCAGUAUACCAGGUAUCGGUAGACGCAAACCAUCACUCAUACACAAGUCACUCAGCAGACACAAUGGGAAACUCCUCGGACGCAUAUGUGCCAGACAUUGCGGCGCUGUCGCUCGCAUCCCGAGCGGUGCAUGCCGAUGCCCGCAUCGACGGCCAUCCGGCCAUUGCGCCGGGUCUGCACACAAGCACAACCUUUCGGUAUCCCAAUGACCCGGAGAGGCUCAGGCCCAUCGCGGAGGUCGAUACCACUCAGCCGCUCGACUUCCACAUCUACUCGCGCCAUUCGAGCCCCAACAUGGCUCGCUUCGAGGCCCUCCUCACAUCCAUCAUUGGCCAACAGGCCAUUGUGUAUGGAUCGGGCAUGGCUUCGUUCCAUGCCCUGAUGACCCAUCUCAACCCCAAGAAGGUGGCCAUUGGAGACGGCUACCAUGGCUGCCAUGGCGUCUUGAAGAUCUUUGGACGACUGACCGGCUUGAAGAAGCUGCCGCUGGACUGCGACCUUUCGGAGCUGGGGCCCGGAGACGUCAUUCAUGUCGAGACACCGUUGAAUCCCACGGGCGAGGCGCGCGAUCUCAAGUACUAUGCCGAUAGAGCGCACUCUGUGGGCGCAUAUCUUACCGUAGACGCCACCUUUGCGCCGCCGCCGCUGUUGGACCCGUUUGCCUGGGGAGCAGAUAUCGUGAUGCACAGUGGCACAAAGUACAUUGGCGGCCACUCCGAUUUGCUCUGCGGCGUCCUUGCAGUCAACCCCAAGCACAAGACCUGGGUCAGCGACCUGCUCGCCGACCGCCUCGUCAUCGGCUCCGUCAUCGGCAGUCUCGAGGGCUGGCUCGGUAUGCGCUCCUUGCGAACCUUGGAGCUGCGCGUCAACCGCCAGAGCACUACGGCCGCGGCGCUCGUCGCAUGGCUUUCAGAACAGGCCAAGGACUCGAACACCGCGGCCGGGAAAACGGUUGCGCGCAUCCAGCACGCGAGUCUGCAGCCUGAGGCCUCGCAGGAGGGCAGUUGGCUGCGACAGCAGAUGCCCAAUGGUUACGGACCGGUGUUUGCCAUUACGCUGAAGAACAAGGAGAUGGCGAGGAGGUUCCCCGGCAAGUUGGGACUGUUCCAGCACGCGACGAGCUUGGGCGGCGUGGAGAGCUUGAUUGAGUGGCGGGCGAUGACGGAUGCGACUGUUGAUCAGAGUUUGUUGAGGCUGAGUGUUGGUGUGGAGAGUGUGGAGGAUUUGAAGGCGGAUUUGCAGCAUGGGUUUGAGGCUUUGGUGAAGGAGGGAUUGUAA